GCAUUGAUCUCUACGCUCCACUCUCUCCCUCCAAAAACUCUCUCUCCUCUAACCGCUUCACAAUCGGAGCAUGGCGGUGAAUCUGACGGCAAAUGCAAUUCCGGCGAUUGUUUCCGGCGACCUGAACUUGAAGCCGCUGUUGCAGGUUCUCGAUAUCAAGUUGAUUUCCAACAGCAAGCAGCAGGAGCGGUACCGCAUUCUGCUUUCCGACGCCGUUUCCUCUCAGCAAGCCAUGCUCGCCACUCAGCUCAACGAUCAACUCCGAGCCGGACUAGUCAAGAGAGGUUCAAUCGUUCAACUGAUCGAGUAUAUUUGCAGUCCUAUUCAGAAUCGCAAGAUAAUCGUGGUGCUCAACAUGGAAACUAUAAUAUCAGAUUAUGAGAUCAUUGGAAAUCCAAAAUUAUUUGUGGAAACUGAUUUCCCAAAUCAGGAAGCAUUGCCUAAUAACAAAAUGCAGAACCCAUCCAGGAGUAACAGUUAUCAUCUGCCUGCUCAAAAUGCAAGUUGUAAUAUGCAGAAUUUCAAGCCUACUGUUCAACCUCCAUACCAACCACCACCAUUUUACAAAGGUCAUGGUGCGAUUGUGAGAAAUGAGGCCCCAGCACGUGUUAUUCCAAUAGCUGCUUUAAACCCUUAUCAAGGUCGGUGGGCUAUCAAAGCAAGGGUAACUGCAAAAGGGGAUCUGCGCCGCUAUAAUAAUGCUAAGGGAGAUGGAAAAGUCUUCUCAUUUGAUCUCCUUGACGCUGAUGGAGGUGAAAUACGAGUAACUUGCUUUAACACGGCUGUUGAUCGUUUCUAUGAUGUAAUAGAGGUUGGUAGAGUUUACUUGAUAUCCAGAGGUAACUUGAAACCUGCACAGAAGAACUUCAACCAUUUGAAGAAUGAAUGGGAAAUACUUUUGGAUUUGUCAUCAGCUGUUGAACUUUGUCCAGAUGAAGAUGGUUCUAUACCUAAACAGCAAUUCUCCUUUAGGUCUAUCAGUGAUAUUGAGAAUGCUGACAGCAACUCCAUACUUGAUGUCAUUGGGGUUGUGAUAUCUGUGAAACCAUCAGUUCCCAUCUUGAGGAAGAAUGGAAUGGAAACUCAGAGAAGAAUUUUGAAUCUAAAGGACUGUUCUGGAAGGAGUGUUGAGCUAACCCUUUGGGGUGAGUUUUGCAACAGGGAAGGGCAGAUGUUGCAAGAGAUGAUGGAUGCUGGCUUUUUCCCCACUCUGGCAGUCAAAGCUGGGAAAGUCAAUGACUUCAGUGGGAAAUCUAUAGGGACUAUUUCUUCCACACAGCUUUUCAUAAAUCCAGAUUUCUCUGAGGCACAUAGCUUAAGAGAGUGGUAUGAUCGAGUGGGAAAAGAUUCUGCUUCCCUGUCAAUUUCUAAGGACAUUAUACCUGGAGGACCUAAGAAUGAUGUACGUAAAACUGUAUCUCAGAUCAAGGAUGAAGGACUUGGGCGGUCAGAAAAGCCUGAUUGGAUGACACUGAGGGCAACAAUAUCUUUCAUCAAGACAGAUACAUUUUGUUACACAGCUUGUCCUUUGAUGAUUGGAGAUCGACAGUGCAACAAGAAAGUGACUAGAUCAGGAAACAGAUGGCAAUGUGAUAGGUGCAACCAAGAGUUUGAUGAAUGUGACUACCGCUAUCUUCUCCAAGCUCAAAUUCUGGAUCAUACUGGAAUAACCUGGGUAACUGCUUUCCAGGAAACAGGGGAAGAGAUUAUGGGUUACCCUGCAAAGGAGCUGUACAUGUUGAAGUAUGAACAGCAGGAUGAUGAGAAGUUUGCUGGAAUAAUCAAGAGUAGACUCUUCAACCAAUUUGUUUUCAGGCUGAAAAUCAAAGAGGAAUUGUAUGGUGAUGAACAGAGGGUGAAGGUCACAGUAAUGAAGGCAGGUGAGGUGAGUUACUCUUCAGAGAGUGGUUACAUGCUUGAUUUGAUUUCAAAGUUCAAAGUUUAACAGGCAAAAACUUAAUUUGGGUUCCACAUCUUUCUUCUUUCACUCUACCACGCACUAUUAGUUACAAGUUAACAUAGAAUUGGUCUUUAGUGGCUAAGUUACCGUGUCAUCUGUUACUGGAUACCCAUUGCUUGGUUCAAGUUCCAGAUUUUCUCUGGCGUACAUGCCUUCAUAUCCCAUAGUUUAUAAUAUUUUACAAUAAGUGUUUUAUAAUGUAAGCUCAUGUAUCCAUGACAUAUGUGUUGGAU